GUCUCUGCUGUCAUAACAACACACGUCCAUUAUUCAAAAAUUACUCUACAAUGUCCACAACUGAUUCUCUUGUCUUCGACUUUCAAGACAUCAUUCAUUUGCCGAAUAAUUUUGGAAAUUCUAAAUGUAGCAAAAAAGGAACAAUAGCAGGGAAUAUUCUGCUGAACAAACAUAAUGACAAUAUUCCACUUAAACCCUCAGAGUUCACAUACAAAAUGUCAUUGUCAUCUGAAGAUUUAUAUAAGCAGUUAAUAUAUGGUCAUGUGCCUGAAACACUUGCACUUCAUGAUAUGUCUCUGAUUGGAGAUCAAAAGGUAACUUCAUUCCCCGUUGAUCGUCCACUAUUUCAACCUUUCCCUUCUGAGCUCGUCUUUCAACGUUUUGAACCAGGGAGAUCAUAUGAACUGCCUCUACUACUUCGUAACAUGGAUAAGGUUUCAAGAACAGCCCAUCUCAUACAAAAUGAUACACCAUAUUUUAAAAUCAAACAUUUAGGUGCACAUGGGUCGAAAGUCGCUGCAGGUUUAUCUCUUUCUUAUUCUGUUGUCUUCACUCCAGAUGCGCACCAAGAUUAUCACCAUGAUCUUAUGUGUGUGACAGACAGAGAAUUAUUUUCUAUACCAGUAUUUUGCAUUGGUCCAAGGGCUGUUCUUGAUUUACCCGACGAAGUUGAUUUCGGCGAAGUUCCAGUUAAAAAGCUGUGUAAAAGAGUGCUUGGAAUAAGAAACAUUGGGGAUGGUGUAGCCUUGGUGAAAAUCAAUAUCAUGAAACCUUUUCUCGUCGAGCCUGUAGUUUUGAAAAUUGAACCUGGCUCUCUUGAAGAAAUCAUAAUCUCUUUCAUUCCUGAAAACGCAAUAGAUAUUUGCAGAAAGAUGCUCAUUAUUUAUGAUACUGGUGAAAAACUAAAAAUUGAACUCCGUGGCAAAGGAAUAGAGGCCUUGGUAAAACUGAAAGAUGACAGCGUGAAAAUGAAUGAUACAUUCAUCGGAUUACAAGCAAAAUCAAGCAUAUUCAUUCAGAACCAGUCUUCGGACUUUAUCUCUUACAAAUGGAGUCCUUUUGAAAAUGCUGACGAAGAAUCUUUUGUGAAUGAAACGUUAAUCGAAACUUUCGCUAAUACAGGAAAUUUUGAACCAAGAAUGAAGGAAAAGCUAAUUACUUGGAUUAGGAAAUUUUCAGAACAACAGAUUCCCUAUCCAACAAGUAUUCAAACAGCUGAAUGUUCACCAUUCAACAUCGAACCUAUUGAAGGACGUAUUCAACCCUAUUCAUUACAAGAAUUCACUUUACACUUUAAUCCUGAAAAAGUUAAAUCUUAUCAUGAUAUAUUUUAUUGUGAUGUUGAAGGAUUAACAGAACGACUAAGUUUAACUAUACACGGGGAAGGUUUAGGACCAAAAAUUAAAUUUUCAUUUAAAUGUUUAAAUAUGGGCAAAUUGUUUAUUGGUUCAAAGCAUAAAUAUGAGCUGGUUCUAUCCAAUAGUGGACUGAUUGAUACAAUGUUUUCAAUUCAAUCAAAAAAUGUGAUCCCCACACCUGAGGAUGACGUUGUUGUUAAUACUUCUGAAGACGUAGACGUCAGUAAUCAGUGUGUUCGACGUUUCGCAAAAUAUUUUCAUUUUACACCAGAUGAAGGUUUAAUCUGUCCUGGUGGAUAUCAAGUUAUACAAAUUGAAUUUAAAUGUGAUGAUUUACUUGGAGAAUUUAAUGAAACUUUCAAGUUUGUAUUUGAUGGAUCACCAACAGCUGAAGAGAUUAUAUUCAGUGGUACUGUCGUCGGACCAACGUUUCAUUUCAAUGUUUCAUCAGUGGAAUUCAAUCAAGUAUCAUACGGUUUCUCUGAAGAAAAGACAAUAAUCCUGCAUAAUACUUCAUUUAUACCAAUGGAUUUUAUUCUUCGUGUCGUCCAUGAUGAUAAUGUCGAUAGUAAAAUUGAAUUGCUCAAUACAAUUCCACUUAAUAGUAAUGAUAAUAAUAAGAGUGAUGAAUCAGUAGAUACAUCACUCAUCCAGGAGCAGUAUUCAUAUGAAACUUCUGAUCUGGCAGCAUUUCAGAUUACACCAAGCAAUGGAAAUCUAUUGGCAAUGAGUUCAAUCAACAUAGUUAUACGUUUCAGUCCAAAGUGUUUAGGUUGUCGAAAGUAUAAACUUAUUGUUGACGUUGUAAAUGUUGGUAAAGAAGAGCAUUGGAUACCAAUAUUUGUUGAAGCUAUUCGUCCAGAUGUAGUUGUAACACCAGAAUAUAUAAAUCUGACACGGUGCAUCAAAGAUAAAAGAAAUAAACCAGUUAACAAGGACACCGCUGUCGGAAAGUACUCUGAUGAUGAUGGUGACAGUAAACUACAAUAUUGGACAAAUGACACUAAGGGAAUCAUCAAGGCAUCAGAUUCAAUUAAGCUACCAGUAACAUUUAAAGCAAAAACCCUGGGACUAAUCACAACUGAAUUAUACAUAAAAAUUUGUGGUAUAAGUGAAAAUCCAUUGAAAAUACCUGUACGCUGUGUUGGUGAAGGUCCAGUUCUACAUGUUGAACAAACAAAAUUAGAAUGGGGAAUAAUUCCUGUAUUACAACCAAUUAUUAAAGUGUUGAAGAUUACAAAUGAAUCGUGUAUUGAUGCAGUAUAUACUACUAAAAUGCUAAGAAGUGACACUGUAUUUCAAGUUGAACCAUCUACAGGCAGUAUUCCAGGUUAUGGUCAUAUCGAUUUGAAUAUAACUACUUAUUUAAAUGAUAUUAUAACAUUUAAAGAUCAAUUAGAAAUACAUAUUGAACAUAAUACAAAGCCAUUGAAAAUUGAAUUAUGUGCAAUUGGUCAAGGUGGUACAAUUGUAACCCAACCACCAAUGGGAUCCACAUUAAAUUUAGGCUGUCAAUUCAGUGUUAAUCCAAUGAGAAAACAAUUCAAAGUGAUUAAUAAAGGGAGGAGACAACAACAAUUAAUUUGGUCCAUAGAAGGUCAAUCAUUGCGUAAAUCAAUUCAUACAGACUCUCAGUCGCUAACUAAACCUGAAACAAAAUGGACUAUUACACCGCAUCGUUUUGAAAUUAAUCCUGGUGCAAGUGCAGAAAUUUGUUUAGAAGUUCAGUGUGAUAGCCCUAAAACAAUUCAUGAUAAAAUAUUAUGCCAUUCAAUUAUUGGAAGAAGUGCUAAAUAUUUAAUUAAAACAGUUGACGUUACAAUUGAUUUUAUUACACCAGUUAUUGAACUGUCUACCAGCGAAUUAUUCUAUCGGGUAGAAAAGGGUCCAUCCGAUAAGCUGUCAAUACAAUUCAAUCAAUUUACUAUGACAAAUAAAGUAAACUUAAUCUUAACCUGUUCACUGGAAAUAUGCAGUCCAUUUCAUUUAUACGUAGAUGGUAAUUACACAUCAACUAUGACUUUUCAAAUGAAUCCGCUUGAAUCUAAAGAAAUUACAGUUGCAUUCAAUCCAAUCUAUAAGGAUGAUUUAAUCAGUCGAAGAGCUGAUGAACUAUUAUUUAUCAAAUAUGCUGAACAUCCACAAACGGACGCUGUACGAGUGAUUGGAGAAGUACACUUUCCAAAUCUUCAAUUUGAAGCAGACAUCACCGAUUUCGGUUGCAUAUUGAAUUAUACAGAAAUGACAAAACAUAUGAUCAUGAAAAAUGUCAGUCCUUUACCAGUGAAAUUUCGUUGGAGUCUACUGAUUGGCAAUCGUGCAAACAUUAUAUUUAAACGACAGGCUCGUUUAACAGAACCUUAUCCAUCUGCAGUGGAUGAAACUGUCGGCAGUCAUCAUGUAAAUCCUGAUGAAAAUUAUGAACAAGAUAAAGCGACAAUGAAGGAUGAAAACGUUUCUGAAGAUGGUGAUAUUAUACCAUUGGGUAUAGAAGAAUUAUUCGAUAUUGUCCCUUUAUAUGGUGAAAUUAGUCCAGGUGAAUCGAUUACACUAAGUUGUACAUUUUUUGGACAUGCUGAUAUAGAAGCUUCUGUAACUGCUCUGUGUGAAGUUGAAGGUGGUCCUGAGUAUAAAAUUGAACUGAAAGGUUCUGCUUCAGAAAUCAACUAUUUAAUCGAUCAAACUGUAAUCGACCUGGGUUUCAAUCGAAUGGAUAAGCCAAUGAUAUGUGAAUUCAACAUUAUGAAUACAGGGAAGGUUAUUUUCGACUUUUGCAUAAAUAUUCCUCAGCAUUUUCCGUUUGUUAAGAAUACCGAGACUACUAUUUUAGUAAAUAAUGAUGAUUAUGGUCUGUUGAAAAUUGAGCCAUCACAUGGUCAGGUGAAUAGUGAUCAAUCACACUCUGUUCGACUCACAUACAUCUCAUUUAAACCAGGUUAUUUUGAGCAAGAAAUUGAUGUUCAAAUUGCACAUUUUCAACCGAAACGUAUUAAACUACACGGUGUAGCUGAUUUCGCUCAUUUAAAUUUAAAUCUACCGCGCGCGCACAUGGUACAACAGACAAACAAAAAAGAAUUGAACAUUGAAAAUCAAUCUGUUGAUGAAGAAGAAGAAGAAAGUUCACACAAUUAUUAUCCUUCUGUCUAUGAGUUUACUAUGCAGAAAUUAAUGGGUCAUUUACGUCAAGAAGUUAUGAAACUGUUAGAAUUAUGGAAAAAGCAACAAAAUGCUGAAAUGUUUUGCUUAUGUCAUACACCAUUUUCAUCGAGAUCUCAGUCAUUAGUAAACUCUAUUAAAAAUAAACAUUUAGAUGAAAUAUUUAUGCAUGAUACAAUGUGUUGUAUAACAAAAGCAUUAAAACAAAUCUUAUCUAAUCAAUAUUAUUUAGUUCAUGUAAUUCCUGAUAAUAUUUUACAAAUGAUACCAGAUUUAAAUUUACAGUUGGAUGCAGAAUGUGAACAUAUUUGCAGGUUGUUAAAUAAUGAAAUAUACAUCAAACAUAACAAUUAUUUCGAGAUGAUGACAGAAGCUGACCAGUCUGUGAAACCUUUACUUCUUAAUAAUCUAUACCUACCACAUUAUCUACUUGAUUUUGGUGUUGUUAUAAUGGGAACUUGUGUCAAGCAAAGCGUUUAUGCUAUCAAUACAAGUUGUGAACCGAUUAGUUUUCGUUAUGAUACAGUCUCAUUGUCAAAAGCUAAACAAUUAGGCUUUAGCACAAAUAUUACCAAGAUUCAUCAUCUACCUGGUUAUCCUGAUUAUGAACAAGUUGAAUUAGAAUUUACUUUUGAUACAAAACAAGCAGGUCAGAUAGAUGAAAGUCUAAUUCAAACGGAGUUAAUUAUCAAGGUUUUGAAUGGUCCUUCUAUACCAAUCUGGCUUAGAGCAAAUAUUGUAAAGCCAAUGUUGAAAUCCCAUGUACAUACAAUUGAUUUCGGUGAAGUUCAACGUGGUGAAGCACGUUUAUUCACAAUUCAGUUACACAAUCCAUCACCAGUAUCAAUAAGUUGGUAUCGUUGUAUUCCAGAAUUACAAAAUAAUAAAAUGAUUACAGAAUCGACUUAUCCUAUUCGAAUGGCUUAUAAAUCACGAAGAAAUCGACUGAAAGAUAAACAACUACGCAUAUUUGAAGUCAUACCGAAUAGAGGGGUUUUAGAACCUGAUGACAAAAUCAAUAUACAGAUUCAAUUUACUCCACUUGAAGAAAAACGUUAUGAAACCAAAAUCCUACUGAAUAUUGAAAAUAGCGAUACUGUUUUGAAAAUUCAUUGUCAAGGCAAAGGUUUAGAGCCACAAUUAAUCUUUGAUCGUGUAUUAUUACAAUUUUCACCAACUUUACCAUUUUCAUCUAUGGGAAGUGAAGAAAUUGUAACUGUAACAAAUCCAUGUGGUUAUCCAAUUGAAUUUUAUUCACUGGAAUUAGAUAAACAAGUUUUACUGGAGGAUGAAAUAUUAAGAUCAUUGAAUGGUUAUGAUGAAUACGGGAAUUUAUUAUUACCGCCAAGAAAACCAGGUGAUCCAUUACCUACAGAGCUUAUUGCCUAUUAUGAGGAACAAAUUAAACUGUCUAAUUCUAAAUUAUCUGAAGAAUUGGAAGAUAAUACUCCAGUGGAAAAUGUUGCUGAUGAAAAAAAUAUAAAGGAGAUAAAAUUCUCUGAAGUUUCACCAUCAUCAUGGAAGGAAACAAAGAAGUCUAACACUACCACCACCACCACAACAACAACAACAAACAACACUUCAACUAGUGAAUCUGAUCGUAACAAACCUGAUAGUCGUAGUACGAUGUCUGAUCUCUUUCUUGAUAAUAUUAAACGUGAAGAUAGUAAACUAUCAAAUUUAAAUAUUUUCACUAGUGGAAAACAAACUUUGGAUGUUACACCUGUAUCAUUGGCUUUAUCAAGAUAUUUAGGUAUGGAUUCCCAUCAAGAAGCAUGUAAAUCAGAUCAAUUGGGCAUCGCAAUUCUAGUCAAUGGAGCAUUAGAGUCUAUUAGACAAAAUGUUAUCAAUCGUUUGGCUAAGCAAUACAAUGCAAUUGUAUUAAAUAUCAAUCAAAUUAUUAUUGAAGCUUUAUUGACAAGUACAAGUGAUACAGCUUGUCAAGCAAGACAAAUCUGUCUAGAUGUUGGUGAACAGAUAAUUCAAACAAAAUUACUUGAAAAACAAAAAGAACAACAAGAAAAAGAACAAGAAGAACAGCGGCAAUUACAACUACAACAACAGCAACAGUUACAGUUACAGUUAUCAGAUGCUGAAUUAAAGCCAGAUUCCCCGAAAGAAUUACGUAGUGAUAUCACAAAGGAUGAUACAAUUCAUGAAGUGAUUAGUCAAAACAAACCAUUAAAUCGACUUGGUGUAACUGGUAAUAAAAAUUUAGCCCAUCGUCGUACAUCAAAUGAACCUGGAAAGAUUAAUGACACAUUACCAGUAAGUCCAAGGUCAAAUUCAAUGUUCAAGUCAAAAUGUAUCAAUUUUUCAAUAUUCAGUGGACAAAUUAAAUCGUGUGCAAAUUCAAUGAACGACAAUAAUAACAAAACACCAACAUUGGUAAUACCACCAACUGACCAACUGUAUACAACAAUCUUACCUGAUGAUAUUAUCCUACAUUUGAUUAAAGAACGUUUCAAGCAAUCGGAUUGCUUGGAUCAUAAAAAUAUUAUCAUUGAUGGACUGGAAUCAGACUUUACAAAGAAUUCAUUAUCUACUAUAGAAAUAUUAUUGAAAUGUCUGAAAGAUUGCAAGUACAUUUAUACAAUAAGCAUAAAAUCUGACUAUGAAAAGUAUAACAAUGUUUGUUAG